AUGGAUUCACCUGAUGGGAGAUCUGGAUCUUCGAUUUCACUAAGGAAGCUAGGAAUGAUUGUGGCAAUAUUCUUUUUUGCCAUGGCAACCGGACUUAUGUUCAUUUACAGGCAUCUGAACAAUAAAGACAACAGAAUGUCUAGGCCAGGGCCACAGGGCAAGUUUGGGGUUUCUUUGAAAAGAGGAGGGAGCGAGUCCUCACCCUCGGGAAAUGAAAGGAUAAGUCUUCUUUCGAUGGAUGCAGAUCACGUGAAAAAGCUAUUCAAUAUGUUUUUUGAAGACAUUAAAAACGGGAGAGAAGCAUAUUCGGAUAUUCUGAGGUUUCUAGAACGCCACGAAAAAGAUCCUGGCUUAAGUUCUGGAACAAGGGGAUUUAUUAAAACAGCAAUAUCAUUUUUAGAGGGCACCUCAGAAUCUAAAACCGGCUCUUCAGAUAUCGAAGUCCUUAUGGCGUUGGUUGAUGUAAUAGCCAAGCGAUUACCAAAGAAAUAA